GAUUUCAAACAAACUCCACCCACUUCCGGCUGCACCAUUUUUCUCUUAUUGCUGUUCUUUUUCCUGUCUCCAUUAUUUUACACCCACUUUCAUAAAUUCCUUUCUUUCUUUUUUUCCUUUCCGAUCUAAUUUCUUAAAUUAUCUUUUGCAAUUAAUGCUUCUCUUAAACUAGGUAAUUAGGAUUCCAAUGGGUGAAGAGUCGAGUGGUCAAAUAUUGAGUCAUGCAUGCUCAACCACUUAUUCUUUAGAUGAAGAAUUCUUAGUGGCUUCUAUACGAAAAACUAUUAUUGAGAUUAAAGACUGCCAAGAUGUGGUGACUUGUGUGACUCUUGCAGAAAUCACACAUAUUAAAUCUACAAGUAAUUGGUAUUACAAGAGUUGCAACACUUGCACAACUGAAGUUGUGUCUGAUUUUGGAAUUUGGUAUUGCAGAAAUUGUGAGAAAUGAAUGAAGAAUCCUCAAACUAGGUUUUGUCUCAUUUGUAUAUCAAUUUUUUCAUUUUUAUUUUCUGCCUUGAAAUUGCAAAAUACGCUAAUUGAGUUAGUUUUGUUGAUAAAAAUAUAUUAUCUCAAUUCUAUUUGAUGAAAACAUAUUUGUAUAUUUCUCCAUUAACUUAGAUUCUUAUAUAAGUGAAUUUUUCUAAGAAAGUUUUGAUAUUCUU